AGGUGGGUGGGGCGAAGCUCUCCAACCACCCGGAAGUUGCUGCUGCUCCAGCCGCGCUGGGGACACGGUCCCCCAGCCGUUAAGGGCUUUACGUGGCUCUGCUGCCUGUUCUGCCCAAUUGUGACCUAUACCGACCUGGGAGUCAUAUGAGGGAUGCCAAGGGGUCCAGGAAACCUAGAAUUAGUGAGAUUUUCGGUCCGCAGUCAGGAUUGUGAGGAAGAGUGUCUGGCCCAACAUGGACUUCCCUUCCCGCUCCUGCCGUUAACGGUCCCUGGUGGCUCUGCCGCAGCCUCUGUCGCGCUGUGACCUGCACUGGCCGUGGGGGUCCUAGGAAGGACUCGGGGGACCCAGGAGCCCUAGAAAUGAGUCUGGUGAAACAGAUGUUUUUCAGUACAGACUUUGUUAAGAACAGAAUCUCGGGCAUAUUUCAAAAUGCUGUGCUUCACUGUUCUGUGGCAGCCCUACCUGUGGGAUCACUUCUCACCAAAAAGCUGUGGCUCAGCCCCCAUUAAGGUGCCCACCCACGGAGCACAGCACAGGACUCAGUGACCAUUGAGGACGUGACUGUGAACUUCACCCCAGAGGAGUGGGCUUUACUGGAUCCCUCACAGAAGAAACUCUACAGAGAUGUGAUGUGGGAAACCUUCAGGCACCUGGCCUCAGUAGGAAAAACGUCGGACGAUCUUGAUGUUGAAGAUCAGUACAAAAACCCGGAGGAAAAACUAAGAAACCGUCUGAUAGAGAGACUCUGUGAAAGUGAAGAGAGUACUCAAUGUGGAGAAAACUUCAGCCUUAUCCCAAAUCUCAAUCUGAGCAAGAAAACUACUGGAGCUAAACCAUGGGGAUGCAGCGCAGGUGGAAAAGUGUUCAUGCAUCAUUCAUCCCUUAAUAGGCAUGUUAGAUAUCACACUGAACAGAAACCAUACGAGUAUCAAAAAUAUGCAGAGAAGCCAUUUAAAUGUAAGGAAUGUGGGAAAGCCUUCAGUUUUCCCAGUUUUCUUCAAAAACAUGAAAGAACUCAUACUGGAGAGAAAUCCUAUGAAUGUAAAAAACGCAGUAAAGCAUUUAAUUCUUCCAGUUCUCUUCAAAUACGUGGAAGAAUUUAUAGUAGAAAGAAACUCUAUGAAUGUAAAAAAUGCAGUAAAGCCUUCACUUUUUCCCAUUCUCUUCAAAUAGAUGAAAGAACUCACACUGAAAAGAAGCCUGUUGGAUGUAAAAUACGUGGUAAAGCCUUCAGGUUUUCUAGUAAUGUUCAACUACGUGAAAGAACUCACACUGGAGAGAAACCCUAUGAAUGUAAGGAAUGUGGGAAAACUUUUAUACAUCCCUCAAGCCUUCGAUUACACAUGAUCCUUCACACUGGAGAUGGACCUUACAAAUGUAAGAAAUGUGAGAAAACAUUCCUUUCUUCCAGUGUAUUUCAAAUACAUGGAAGGAGUCACACUGGAGAGAAACCGUAUGAAUGUAAAGUAUGUGGUAAAGCCUUCAGUCGUUCCAACUGUGUUCAACGACAUGAAAGAACUCAUACUGGAGAAAAACCUUAUGAAUGUAAAAUAUGUGGGAAAGCAUUCAGUUAUUCCAGUUCUAUUCAACGACAUGAGAGAACUCACACUGGAGAGAAACCCUAUGAAUGUAGAAAAUGCAGUAAAGCAUACACUUCUUUGAGUUCUCUUCGAAAACAUGAAAUAAUUCAUACUGGAGAGAAGCCCUAUGAAUGUAAAAUAUGUGGGAAAGCCUUCAGUCAUCCCAGCUCUAUUCAACGACACGAAAGAACUCACACUGGAGAGAAACCCUAUGAAUGUAAAAAAUGCAGUAAAACCUACACUUCUUCAAAUUCUCUUCGAAAACAUGAAAUAAUUCAUACUGGAGAGAAACCCUGUGAAUGUCAGGAAUGUGGGAAAGCCUUCAUUUGUCACACAGAUGUUCGAAAACAUCUGAGAGUGCACACCGGAGAGAAACCAUAUAAAUGUAAAGAAUGUGGGAAAGCGUUCAGUGGUUAUAGUUCCUUAAAAAUUCACAAAAGAACCCACACAGGAGAGAUGCCCUAUGUAUGUAAGGAAUGUGGUAAGGCUUUUAUUUCUCUUCAAGGUUUCCAAGUACAUGAAAGAAAUCACACUGGAGAGAAACCCUAUGAAUGUAAAAAAUGCAGUAAAGCAUACACUUCUUUGAGUUCUCUUCGAAAACAUGAAAGAAUUCAUACUGGAGAGAAGCCCUAUGAAUGUAAAAAAUGCAGUAAAGCAUACACUUCUUCGGGUUCUCUUCGAAAACAUGAAAUAAUUCAUACUGGAGAGAAACCCUAUGAAUGUCAGGAAUGUGGGAAAGCCUUCAUUUGUCACACAGAUGUUCAAACACACCUGAGAGUGCACACCGGAGAGAAACCAUAUAAAUGUGAAGAAUGUGGGAAAGCAUUCAGUGGUUAUAGUUCCUUAAAAAUACACAGGAGAACCCACACAGGAGAGACGCCCUAUGUAUGUAAGGUAUGUGGUAAGGGUUUUAUUUCUCUUCAAGGUUUCCAAGUACAUGAAAGAAACCACACUGGAGAGAAACCCUAUGAAUGUAAAAAAUGCAGUAAAGCAUACACUUCUUUGAGUUCUCUUCGAAAACAUGAAAGAACUCAUACUGGAGAGAAACCCUAUGAAUGUAAAAAAUGCAGUAAAGCAUACACUUCUUUGAGUUCUCUUCGAAAACAUGAUAGAAUUCAUACUGGAGAGAAACCCUAUGAAUGUAAAAUAUGCAGUAAAGCAUACACUUCUUCAAGUUCUCUUCGAAAACAUGAAAGAACUCAUACUGCAGAGAAACCCUUUGAAAGCCAAAGGAUACAGUAAAGCUUUCACUACUCUCAGAUCACUUCAAAGUCUUGAGAGAUUUCACACAGAGAGAAACCCCAUGAAUGUCAGGAAAUGGGAAAGCCUUUAUUUCCAAUGAAAACUUUCGAGGAUAUGGGAGAAUGCCCACUAGAGGAAAAAUCAUAUAAAUGCAGAGAAUGUGGGAAAGCCUUUUUUUCAUCCCAGUUCUCUCUGAAGGCAUGAAAGGACUCACUUGAUAAAACCUCUUGAAUGUAAACAGCAUGAGAAAGACUUAAAUUGGCCUUCUAUGUGAAACUCCCACCAAAAACAAAUAUAAAUAAGUCAUAUGAGAAAGCUUGAUGGGAAUUAGUUUGUGUAUAAUGUUCUAGAAAAUCUUCAACAUGAAAUAUUUGUUAUAAAAGCUGUAAAUAUGUUGUGUUUACUAAGCCUCUAAGUGCAACAUUUGAUGGUGGAUUUCUAUUAAUUACUUUCACAAGUGAAUAUGGUGGUGAGAUUAUUCUGCAAGUCAUCCUUCAUUAAUAGUACAGAAACUUUAAUAAGUAGUUUUUCUUGAAUCAUUUAAUAUUUUCUCAUUAAUUUUUAAUACUGUUUAAUUUUUCUAUGUUAAGGUGCCACUGAAAAAUGACAGUUUGUAUUUCUCAGGAUUUUCUUACUGGCCUUGAUAGGACUAAUCCAUUGACUAUAUUGUUCUUUUCUUUGAGAAAGCUCCUUUUUUGGGGUGGUGGGUAUAAGAGCCUGCUUCCAUUUUCAAUACUAUUAAACAGUUGGAAUAAGUUUUUAUGUGUGGCAAGUUUAUCAAAGAGUAUACUUUCCUAUAAAUUCUUAUUUUCACAUUUGGGCCUUUAUUCUUUGUCCUUCCUUCUGACUGGUAUUUGGUGAAUAGAGUUUGAAUUAAGUAGAGGCCUGUGGCAGGGCAAGAAAAUCUAGAGCUGGACACAUCACCCCUGUACUGCAUCAUGUCAGUGAGGGUGAUCUGAAGAGCUAGAUCUUUAAGAAUCUGUCCCGUUGCUGGCUCCUUGUUGGAAUUCCCCAGUGGCCUCACUUGCAUGAGAUUUGGAAGGCAGAAGCACUCAAGGCCUUAGGCCGAUUCUAGAGCCACCAUAUAAGGAGAGACACAGUUACAUAGGAGCUUCAAGGACACCAUCUUCCGUCCCAUUUUCUGGGUUCUUUGCCCUUCUAGACAAAGUAUCUUGAAAACCACCACCGACUGUUUCAUUUCCAUUUUCUUAGGGGUGUAUUUUCCACUGAUGGUUUCACAAGUUUCAUAUCAAAGAUCCAUUAGAGUUAAGGUUUUUCUGUCAGGUCUUUUGUGUCCACCAGGAAACCAGUACAAACUUCUGCAGCUGGGAGUAUUCUCUGAUUGCUCUCUUUUUUAGAGAUCUUUUUAGAUAUCUGUAAAAGUUCUAAUUUUAUAGGAAACAGCUUAUACUGUUCAUAGUGCUAGUGAGCACGUCUUCUGAUUCACUGUGGCAUCUACAAUGGGGCAUCAAAAGAAGGACAUGGGAGUUUGUUUCUCUGCUGCCUUGUGCAGCGGCUGCCUUCACGCAGUUCUUCCAUGUGAGAAUAAUCUCCUUUCUCAUGUCAGAAGACUGUGUGUGUUUCCUGUUACUUGGCACUGAAUGUUUUCCCUCAAUAUGCUUCCAAUAAUAUUUGAUUGUAUGUCAUUAAACUACAUGCAUUUCCUUAUGAAAUAAACGCUCCUAUAGUAGUUUCAUUGAUAUAUUUUAUCAACUGUUCUAACCCAUUGUAUGCUAAUAAAUAUUGUGUUCAUUUCCUCAGAUUAUAUUAAAAUCUAUGUUAAUUAUGGA